CCCUGUCAGAACCCUGCUACUAGAGCCUGGAUGUGGCUCUGAGUUUCAGGGUCACUGACAUUGAUAAGACACCUGCGUCCCAGGACUCGGAGGAGAAACGGCUGAUGGACUUGGCGGGGAAUUUGCGCGGGGUUUUACUGAGCGGGAAGAGACUGUUCAAAUGAGGGGGAGGGUAUAUAAAGGAGGGUUGGCCGGAGCCUCCCAUUCUUGGCUUUUCUGAUGUUCAUGUUUCCUACAGUAAAAGUUCCUGGUGAUACCACAGAGAGUCUCGUGUGUUUAUUCAGGAGCGGCUGUGGUGAGCUGACACUAAGCCAAGAAUACGGACACCAUCCCGCUGUAGCGGUGAGGUGUAACAUGCAAGUGGAGGAUGAAGAGCUCUUGGGCGCCGGAGGAGGAAGGUCGGAAAGGGCCACUCCCGAGACGGACGCUGAGUUCCACCAGCUGGCGGCCCUGGCGUCAUCCACCGCUUAUGCCCAGCCAAAUGGGGUAACCCAGAGGCGCGGAGUGGUGCGGGGAGAUAGCACCGGAGGAGAGGAAGGUUCACCUUCCCCAGGCCCGCAAAAGAUGGUGUUUCUGGAGGAGAGGAUGUCGGCGAUGGAGACCACCCUGGCAGUGAUGUCGAGGGCGAUGGAGCGCCUGGCGGUUUUGGCGGAGCCGGAGCGAGGAAGGGAACUCCGGGCUAGCUCAAUGUGGGACGUGAGCAUGGGAAGCAGCCAGGGCUUUGCAGACCUCCCAGCACCGAAGGGAAGGGAAAUGCGAAAGGAGCCCGGUGCCCGGCCCAAGAUCCAAACGAGCCUGACGCGGGUGGAGGAGAGUGACGACGAAGGGGAAAAGCCUCCGAGAAUCCCGGCUACGCUCCCAACUGAGACCCUGGUGCCCCUGGCGAAUGCCGGGCGUGGCACAGGACAAAGGGAAGCAGCAGCGGGGCCCACUGGCCCGCAAGGGGGCUUGCGACGGGCGGAGAAUUGGGGAUUGCCACCACAGGGACCCCUACCGAGACGAGAGGAACUAAGGAUCGAGUUUGGGGGAGAGUCCUCUGAACUGGAUUUUUUCCUGACCACGGUGAGGGGCUAUAUGGAGGACAAUGCCCACACUUUUAGAACGGAAUCCAGCCGGGUACGGGCCAUUGGUGCAGUGUUGAAGAGGGGAGCGGCCAGCUGGUACGUUCAACUACACGCGCGGCGCGACCCAUGUCUGGGGUCACUCCGACGCUUUAUGGGGGCCCUGGAAACCCGUUUCCGAGAUCCACUGGAGCAGAUCCGGGCGAGGGAGGAGUUGAAGACCGUCUCCCAGGGGCAGAGGUCGGUAUCUGAGUAUGCGGAGGAGUUCCAAUGCCUCGCUGAAAAGGUGCCGGAAUGGUCUGCAGUGACAAAGAUAGAACUCUUCAAAGAGGGGCUCAGGCGGGAGAUCCUCUCCUGGGCGGUGCAUCGUGAUGAGCCUGACACACUGCGCGGAUGGAUUCAGCUGGCGGGGCGCAUCGAGACAUCGCUGGCCCAGGCGAGGAGGCACCGAGGAGGGCUACAGCAGCGGCCGCAGAUGAAAGAGGGGAGCCGGAAGGAGGGAUCAACCCCAGCCGGGAGGAGAACGGAGCCGACAGGGAACGUGAGCACCAGCAGGAGGGGCUGCUUCGUGUGCGGCCGUUUGGGCCACAGGGCUGCCGAGUGCUGGCAGAGAAAAGGGGAAGGCGGAGGCCCGCCCAAACCAAGAGCCGUGGCAGGGAAACGCGCCGAGGAAGAACCACCGAUGAGGCACCACUCGGGGGGGUUGGACGAAGGGGAGGAGGACGCCAUGUCAGAACCCUGCUACUAGAGCCUGGAUGUGGCUCUGAGUUUCAGGGUCACUGACAUUGAUAAGACACCUGCGUCCCAGGACUCGGAGGAGAAACGGCUGAUGGACUUGGCGGGGAAUUUGCGCGGGGUUUUACUGAGCGGGAAGAGACUGUUCAAAUGAGGGGGAGGGUAUAUAAAGGAGGGUUGGCCGGAGCCUCCCAUUCUUGGCUUUUCUGAUGUUCAUGUUUCCUACAGUAAAAGUUCCUGGUGAUACCACAGAGAGUCUCGUGUGUUUAUUCAGGAGCGGCUGUGGUGAGC